AUGACCCCGACGAGGACAUCAGCCAGACCAUAGAGAACGUCCGCCAAGAGGCGAAGCUCUUUGCCAUGUUGAAGCACCCCAACAUCAUCGCCCUCAGGGGGGUGUGCUUGAAGGAACCCAAUCUCUGCUUGAUCAUGGAGUUUGCCCGCGGAGGAUCCCUGAACAGAGUGCUGUCCGGGAAGAGGAUCCCGCCGGACAUACUGGUGAACUGGGCCGUGCAGAUCGCAAGGGGCAUGAACUACCUGCACGAGGAAGCCAUCGUGCCCAUAAUUCACCGUGACCUCAAGUCCAGCAACAUACUGAUACUCGAAAAGGUGGAAAAUGGAGAUCUGAGCAACAAGAUAUUGAAGAUCACGGAUUUCGGCUUGGCCAGGGAAUGGCAUAAAACUACCAAAAUGAGUGCGGCUGGGACAUACGCCUGGAUGGCUCCCGAGGUCAUCCGCUCCUCCAUGUUCUCCAAAGGCAGCGACGUGUGGAGCUAUGGCGUGUUGCUCUGGGAGCUGCUAACAGGAGAGGUACCAUUCCGAGGAAUUGAUGGUCUCGCAGUUGCGUAUGGUGUUGCCAUGAAUAAACUUGCCCUUCCCAUCCCUUCCACGUGUCCAGAGCCUUUUGCCAAACUCAUGGAAGAUUGCUGGAAUCCUGAUCCACACUCACGGCCUUCCUUCACCACCAUCCUGGACCAUCUCACAGCCAUAGAAGAAUCUGGUUUCUUUGAAAUGCCCAAAGAUUCCUUCCAUUCCCUGCAGGAAGACUGGAAACAAGAGAUUCAAGAGAUGUUUGAUCAACUCAGAGCCAAAGAGAAGGAGCUACGCACAUGGGAAGAAGAGCUGACUCGUGCUGCUGUUGAACAGAAAAAUCAUGAGGAGCUGCUGCGACGGCGGGAACAGGAGCUGGCAGAACGUGAGAUUGACAUCCUGGAAAGGGAACUCAACAUCAUCAUCCACCAGCUCUGCCAGGAGAAGCCCCGGGUGAAGAAACGCAUGGGGAAGUUCAAGAAGAGCCGGCUCAAGUUGAAGGAUGGCAAUCACAUCAGCCUCCCCUCAGAUUUCCAGCAUAAAUUCACUGUGCAAGCUUCUCCAACGAUGGAUAAAAGGAAAAGUUUGAUCAGUAGCUGCUCCAGUCCUCCUGCAAGUCCUACCAUUAUUCCCAGACUCAGGGCUAUACAGUUGACUCCUGCUGAAAGCAGUAAAACAUGGGGACGAAACUCAGUCCUUCCAAAGGAGGAAGGAGGAGAAGAAGAAGAGAAGAGAGGCCAGAAGAAGAAAGGACGCACCUGGGGACCAAGUUCUCUUUGUCACAAGGAGCUAGGUGCAGGAGAAGAUGGUCUGAAAGCUCUGGUAGAAGGAUGCAAACAGUGGUCUUCCAGUGCUCCAAACCUAGGGAAGAUUCAGAGAACUGUGCCUGCUUUCCCAGGAUUUACCAGCUUAGCAGAGAUGGACGAUGAAGACAGUGAAUGUUUUAAUGGAGAGGGCAAAGUGCACCCUUCACCUGGCCCCAACCAGUCAUACCUCUGCAUCCCGUUUCAGAAGAAUGAAGACUGGGAUGGGCCUUCUAGCGAUGCCAAUGAGGAGUCCACUCCUGUGAACUCUGCCACCAGCACCCCACAGCUGACCCCCACAAACAGCCUCAAACGCAGCGGCUCCCACCACAAACGGUGUGAGGUUGCUCUGCUUGGCUGUGGGGCGGUGCUGGCUGCUGCAGGCCUGGGCUUUGACCUGCUAGAAGCAGGGAAGUGUCAGCUGUUGAUUGAGGAGGAGCCAGAACCACCCAAGGAGGAGAAGAAGAAGCGUGACAGCAUUUUCCAGCGAGCCGGACGUCCACGUAGGAGCACGAGCCCACCUUCCCGGAAGAUCUUCAAGAAAGAGGAGCCCACGUUGUUUCUGGGCGAGCCAUCCACAUCCCUGACCCUUCUUUCCCUGUCUUCCAUUUCUGAAUGUAAUUCCACCCGCUCCCUGCUGCGCUCGGACAGUGAUGAGAUUGUGGUGUAUGAAAUGCCUGUCAGCCCCGUGACAGUCAAGGCUCCCUUGCCAGCCAUUAACAACCCGCUGGUCAACGUGCAGAUUGAGAGGUUCAAACAAGACCCCAACCAGUCCCUGACUCCCACACACGUGACAGUCUCUUCCCACCCGCAGCAAGGUGGGCACAGGCGCACACCUUCCGACGGGGCCAUCAAAGGGACCGGACUCCUUGUCAAUGGAUGCCCAACCAGCGGGUGCCCUUCCAGUAGCUGCUUAACUGGAACGCUAGGAGCAGGUGUAUUAAAAACACCUAGUCCAAGCCGAGAUCCGAAUGAGGUCCCUCGCCUGCCAGACCCCAACCUGGUUUUCCCUCCGACGCCGAGACGCUGGAACGCGCAGCAGGACCCUGCCCUGGAGCGGCCCAAGACGCUGGAGUUCCUGCCGCGGCCGCGGCCCGCGGCCAGCCGCCAGCGCCUGGACCCGUGGUGGUUUGUGUCCCCCAGCAAUGCCAAGGGGGAAUCCUCUGCCAACAGCUCGAGCACUGACACUCCCAGCAACCUGGACUCUUGUUUUGCUAGUAGCAGCAGCACUGUGGAAGAGAGAGCCGGACUUCCCGCGCUGCUUCCUUUCCAGGACUGCUGGUGCUCCAAAUCUCGAAAGAAGUGCUUCGCUGUAGUGCACUAGAUUCCCGAGAAGAUAGAAGCCAGUCAGAAAAGCUCCCAAAUCCCCUUCUCCUCCUGGUUCUGGAGAAGCAUCUUAGGAUAAAGUUCGUUGAUAUCCUCCAUAGCAGUGUGCUCUUGAGAGAGAUGGUGAAAAUCUUGCGAGAGAUGGUGAAAAUCGUGCUAUAAAAAUAUUAUAAUAAAUGUACCCGUUCUUCAGUAUCUGAAUAAGGUGCACAUGGUUUUUUGCCAAGAAAAUGAGGAAAAGAUAGCACGAGAACAUGAAACCACUGAGCAAAGAUAAAAUGGCAAAAAAAUGGAGUGAAAUAUGUGAAAUACAAGACUCGCAAAGCAAGAGGAUAUUUUUUAUUACCAAUAAUAACUAACAGCAGCAAACAAGAUAGUUGCUGAGAAAAAAAUCUCGUCUGGAAAAACUUACAUUCAGUAAUUUGUGGCAUUAAUGUAUUAAUUUAGGAAACGGAAAAAGUUUGCCAGCCCUUAAAAAUAUGCUGUUCUUAGGUCUCUUUUCUCCUGUAAAAUUGAAGGGAAAGCACAAUUAUAGCAACCAAUAAUAAAAAAAAAAGAUAAACUUUGGAUACACUUCUACUGGUUUCACCAAAGUUGUGUGGAACAGAUAGAGAGAGAAAAGCAUUUAUGUCCAAACCCAGGUGCUGAUGGCUCUGGGCUUGUUCUCCUAGUAUUGUUCCUCACGGGCUGCACAGUGCUCUGCUUUGCCAUCGGGUAGGUUUUAUUUCCUUUAGCUCCUUAUUAGAAGUGCUAAUGUAACUUUUUGUAUUAUUUUUUUGCUC